AUGGCUGAUCACAUCUCCUCACCAGUCGAACCCUCCCCUGCCACUCCAGACGAGACCACCCCAGUUACCGCUCAGUCCCUCUCUUCCGCCUCCUCGAGCCAGACCAUCACCAACGACUCCACACCUACUAAACCUACAACCAAAUCGACCCACAGAUCCCGCAAACAGCAGAGAGAGGACGAAAAGGCAAGCUGGGUUAAUGGCAAGCGACCCAAGGGCUAUCUCACACCUGAGGGAAGAGAGGCUGCUGAGAAGUGCAAGAACUACAAGUCGGGUGUCUCCAUCCCUUAUCUUACGCACUCCUGCAAGACCUACGAGGGUGUCCUCAAGCAUGCCAUUUUCGGAGCUAUACGAUCGUUCGGAGUCUCUUAUGGAGCCAAAGCACUCGUUAACCUGUGCUUGGGCAUGCUCAAAGUCAUGAAGGGAAAGGGAUCGUUCCUGACGAAUGCUAAGGACGCAUUCACGGGUGUGGAUGCUUUGCGGUUUGGAUCUUUCUUUGGCAUGUUCUCGUUCCUUUGGAAGCUGGUCAACAAUGGUCUGACACUCUACAGAGGCACCGACGACAGGAUCAACGGAGCCAUCGCAGGUGCCAUUGCUGGAUUGGCCCUGUUCAUCGAAGCCCCUGAGAGAAGAGUGACCUUUGCCCAACAGAUGUUCAUCCGGUCUAUGCAGGGUGUCUACAAUGCUGGUAAGUACCGAGGCCAGUUCUCGUUCCGCCAUGGUGACGCCUUCCUCUUCGCCAUCGGCUCCGCCCAAGUCAUGUACGCCUACACCAUGCACCCGGACACUAUUCCAAAGGAGUUCUUCCAAUUCAUGGUCAAGACAGCGCGUGUGCCCGCCGAAGCAUUGGCAAUGAACAGGGCACGUGUUCGUGGAUUCCCUCUGGACUUGAAGCAGGUUCGGGCAAUGGUCGAUCGGUUCAACCCCACCGCCUUGACACUGGAGACUGUCGCCAACAUGUCCGAGACCGUCGAUGCCUUGCCCUGUGCGGGUCUGCAUCCUUGGGUCGACUCUUGUCGGGAAACCAGUAUUGAUCGCUUUGUUGGGGUCAUCAAGACCAUCUUCCCUGUCUAUGCGACCUUGAACUUUGUGCCCUUGGUCGUCCUCCGCAUGAAGCGCUUGCUCAAGGAUCCGGUAAAUGUAUUGUCAAAGACAACAUUCAACACCUUCCGGUCCUCCGCCUUCCUCGCAGUCUUUGUAGCCUACUACCAGACCCAGAUCUGCACACACCGGAACCUCCUCAAUGCCGGAUGGAAACUGGGCAACAGCAAGUACCUUUACUGGCUCUUUGGUCUCGGCAGUGCCAUACCUGCCAUCAUGAUCGAACAGGAGAGUCGACGUGCAGAGUUGGCGUUCUAUGUGAUUCCUAAGGCGGCCGAUUCGUUGUACAGGAUUCUGUACCGCAAGAAUUGGGUGAAGGGCUCGUUCUACCAGCGCGAGGAGCAAGUGCUUUCACCAUUCGUCACCAAGAUGAUCUACCAUAUCCUUGGAAAGAACUAG